GGUGUUUGUGGUUUUGUACCUGGCAGUGCAACUAAAAACAAUUCAUGGAAGACUUUUGCUUGUGUUAUGGCAGCUUCUGUUGUAUCCAACAUGUUGAGUAACUCUUUUGUGUUUGGAGACUGGCCUCAUUACGGUAUGUGUACAUUUUUGUAACAGCUUUGAUUGUGUUUUCCAAGAGAUUUUGUAGCUUGCUUGUUUUCCUCGGUAUAGAAUAUUGUUAUCUGCUGAUGAGAAAUUGGAGACCAACAGUGGAAUUAAAUAUGUAUCAAAAAACUGAAAAACAUACACAUUCUUUGUUUUUCAAUUACAUUGCCUUAAAAGAGAACUUUUAAGAAGUGUGAGAUAUGAACAAAUUCACUUUGGUAGCUUUAAUUCCAAUUUUGAAGUCAAAUAACAUUCUAAAAUUCAAGAUUAGAGGGAGUUAAUAAGAAAUUACUCAAUAAUGUUGAGUAACUCUUGUGUGUUUGGAGACUGGCCUCAUUAUGGAGGUACGUGUUAAUUUUUGUAACAGCUUUGGUUGUGUCUUCCAAGAGAUCUUGCAACUCGUAUCAAGAAAAGUGGUUCAACAUUGUUAACAAUAGGCUUUGUUAUACAAGAGAAAAAUGAUCCUAACCCUAGCUAAAGCUGUUGGGAUAUUUCCAUGUUUGAAACUGUAAUCGUUUAGAUUAAUCAGAAUUUUGAUUCUACUAUGGAAUAAGAUAGAGAUGCAAAAGAAAUUGAAACUGAACUGUGCUCAACAGAUAUACUGUAUAUGGUAAUCUAUUCAUUGCUAACAAGCUCUCUGUUUGAUUAGUGUCGCCUCAAUAUCAUGUUCUCACAUUUCAAUGGUGAUAUAGGUAACAGGUAAAAGAACCUUGCUACAAUAGAAUACAAUUUGACAGAUAGUGAAUUGAAAAUUAAGGUUGAGGUGGAUGACUUGAAACCUGAAGAGCAGAAUAAGCAGACUGGCAUGCUGGCAACAGAGCAUGGGGAAAAAGUGAUAAAAAUAUUUUAUUAAGUUAUUAUGGGAAGUUGUUGUUCGAACAGUUAUAACAUUAAUGUGAUAAAUCUUCAAUUAUCUCAGUGCAAUAAUGUGGCAUCAAUAAAUUAAUAUAAUUGUACACAGUUCCACUUAUGGGAACAAAACAUUUGAAGAGAGGCUGUGAAUGCUAAUCUCCCUCUGCAUUUUUUACCUUUAGAUACUACACCCCACAAUGUAGUACCCACUACUGGUCAUGGAAGAGAACUAGAAGAAUCAAGGGGAAGGACAGGUGAACAGGAUGCUCAGUUUGAACUUAUUUUUCAAGUUAAUUUAAUUGAAACAUGGUUCUUCAUGUUGGUUGAGUUUUUCUUUUUGUUAUUGGGAAAUAAAAAACCACUUUUAAGUCCAUUUAGUUGAUUUUAACUGGUAUCAAACCAUGUUGAAAUGAAUGAAAAGGUGUGGGGUUUAUCACUUUCAGUUGUUUUUGUUGACUCAUUGAAGCCUAGCAUGGGCUCCAGUUUGGUUUCAGUUCCCCCUCACAUGCUCCAAUAAAAAGGAAACCAACAUGGCAAAUCACUGACUUGUUGUUUUGAUGUAUUGAUAUUGAAGAAGUGGAAGAAUUCAUAGGUGCAUAAAUUGGCCAGAAAAGCUGUAGGACUGAAGCUCUUGGGAAAAGAAAGGAGAAAUGAAAAAAGAACCUGAAUGUGAUUUUAGUCAUCUUUUGAAAUAGAAAUUAAUGUUAUUAAUAACCAAGAAUGCUUCUGUCAGCAAUUAUGAAAAAUAAUAUUGGUCAAUGCAAAUUAUUUCAAAGGUGUUUUUACCUCAUUCUCUUCUCUAGUUUAAGAAUAUCAAAGAAUGCUGUGAAGUGCUCUCAGCCGUUAUUCAAUAACUUACACUAGCUCAGAGGUAGAUGGCCAACGCACACGCAAAACCUUCGCACGUUUUUCGCGUUCUGCGCCAAAAAAAAAAGGGCGUGCUAAAGCGUGUGUCUUGAGAGAGUUUUUGCUAUUGUUAUUCAACGCAGUCAGCUUGUUUUGUUCUGCAUUGUUUCGGAAAACUAUGGUUUUCUGUCUCAAAAUGCUACCAGCGAAGCAUCAAAUCAAUAUGUGCAUAUCUCAAUAUCAAAAGGACGCAAGGGCUGCCGUUCGUAAGGGCUGUGCUUAGUUGCGCGAGCAGGGUGUAUUAAAAGCUGCAGUGCCAAGCAUGCGGCUCAGCGAAAAGACAGUAGAAUGGGAGGUAGCCAAACCCCAGAUAAAAAUUGGCAAAUUUUCCUCCAAUUCCAAUAUUUGUUAUUUCUACUUGAAAUUAAUUGCAAGUAUUGGGAAAACUUUGAGUUUGAAAUGUUUUUAAAUUUCGCUGGCAAACAUUAAAAGUGUGCGUCACAACUAGCUGUUUCUACAGACUCUGGUCUAAACUGACUAGUUGACCUAUGAGUGCGAUCGAACUAUCUCAAUUGUUUUAUAACUGUUAAUAGUUGUGUCUUUGAUCGUGCAAAUCACACCCGUUAGAAAAUGAAAAGUGCACGAAGACAAUUAGUCGUUUAUCCCGCACAGAUAGCUUACCGUUGAUAAAAAGAAGCUUCAGUGAGAGGGUGAUUUAUCUUGUGAUGAAAAUCAAACAGUUCCACAGGGAUGGACCGUGAAGCCUGAGGUUCCUUGUUAAAAGAGAAUAAAUAUUUCAUUUUUGCAUGCUCAAAUCCGUCUGAAGUUAUAGAGGUGAGCGCGCAAAACCGAAAUAGAUUCACCGCGGAGUAAACUGCCAAUUGGUUUUCCAUAUCAGUUCAUGAAAAGUUGAUUAUCGCGCACAGAUAGCUUACCGAUUAAAGAAAGAAACUUUGGCUCUACUGUAUGAAUCUUGUAAUGAAAAUCCAUCUUUCCGGAGGGAUGGACACAGAGGCCUGACGUUCCCUGUUACAAAGUUAUUUUUUCAUGUUCAAUUCCAUCCUUGGUUAUAAAAGUGAGACGUACAAAACCGAAAUUCAUUCUCUUGAGUUGGAACACUUGAAUCUUCUGAGUAAAUGCUGAUUCGCUCUCCAUAUCUCCCUCUCAUUAAUUCUCCCUUAGUAUUAGAUUUCCGUAUUGAAUUUUCGGCAGUCGCAUGAAGACUGAGCAGUUUAACUCUCACAGUCUUCUGCAAGAUUGUAGAUAUAUUUUUGAUUAAUAUUGACAUUUUGUGAAAUGAGAAUCAUUAUAGUUCACGUCUCGUACAUAUUUAAUCACUUAACGGAAAAAAAAGAUACCGUUUUGAUCUUUUUCUCAAUCGUAUUUGAUAAUCGAUCAGUUCCUAUUCUCAGUCAUUUUGUUAAAUACUUUUGAUCACGGUUUUCAUUUUUCCUAAUCACAAAUUGGCAGUAACAGUGUUUAAUAGAAGGUCUUUGUAAAGUUAACUGUUAGCCGUAAAACGGCCAAAAAAUUAGCCGUUCGGCGUAAAAAUUGACAAAUCGUAACCGCUAGUCGUAAAAGAGUUAACCGUAAGAAAAAUUUAUGGUGACAACAAUGAAAAGAUAUUAACCGUUAGCCGUAAAAGCCAUGCUAACACCCCUUUACGAUCCUCUUUAUACUUAGAAAGGGGUAUUCAAAGGUUCAUUGGAAGAUUUUAACCCCCCUAUCCCACAAUUCCUGAUAAUAAAACACUCUGGCCGAUAGGCCCCUAAAUUCAAAUUUGACGUAGCUAAAAAACCCCACCCCUCCUCAGUUAAGUAAACAUGUUGGUUCUAAAAAACGAGCGCCUUCUUUGAAAACAGCUGUGCGCCAGAAACAAGGUCUUUAAUGCCUCGAGGCUCUCUACAGAAAACAGACAUUUUCGAUUGCAUUUAUCAUCAGUAGUAAGACCAAAAAAUAUUUUUGUGCGUUGACUUUUUACAAGGCGACUUGACUUGCAUAUGGAGAUAGGUGGUUUAAAUGAGUCAAUGCAAUAAGGAUAACUUUAAUCGUUUUUAAACUUACGAACCUUUGGCUUAAUGCGCUCAUCGAGGGUCAAGUAUACCCUUGGGUGCGCCGAUGGAGAUUGAUCUAACUGGUGCAUAUUUACACUACCCACUCCCCCUAUGCAGAAAAAAUUGUCACUCCCAUUAUUUUCUCGAUGAGUUACGAGCUUUUCCGCCUCCCUUCGGCCAAAGUCCCUCAGGACUACCAAUUACAGAAGGGCUUUUAUUUGAUGCUUAACGGAAAAGUUGAGCCAGAAAAAUAAACCAUUUCUUGAUACGCUUGCUUGUUGUCCUUUGUAGAGAGUAUCGUUAUCUGCUGAUGAGAACAUGGAGAGCAACAGCGGAGUUAAAUAAAUAUCAGAAAACUGAAAAACAUAAGCAUUCUUUGUCUUUCAAUCGCAUUGCUGUAAAAAAGAACUUUCAAAAAGUCUGAGAUAUGAGCAAAUUCACUUUGGUAGCUUUAAUUCCAAUUUUGUAGUCAUGGAUAAGGUUCUAAAAUUCCAGAUUAGAGAGAGUUUAUCCCCCUGCCCUCAUAACUAUUGUUUUCGUGUCCAGACUCUUGUGCGUAGUAAGAUGAACCCAAAUCUUCUUUGUUUACCUUUCUACGAAAUACCUAACUGCUACUGAGCGGGUUAAAACUUUGUUGAGAUCUAAAUCUUAGCUUUUAUUCCGUUCUAAUGAAUUUCAAUUCUUGAAGUCCAUCAAUUUUCUCUUCUCUCUUUUAGAGACGAGAUUUUGAUCUUCAGUCAGCACUUAUUCCGACUCCUGCUUGUUACCCAUUUCACAAAUUUAGUGAGGCAUAUUUUAAUGCUCAUUACAGUUUGACUUUCCUUUCCCUUUUGCAGACAUUUCAACAGAAGAGGAGAGUUGUAAAAGUGGUGAUCCUUCAGAAAAUAAACGUAGAAGGCUUGCAGGUAUUAUAAUUAUCAAAUGAAGAAAUUUCAUAGUAAGCUUUCGUUUUAAUAACUUCUACUAUACUUAAAGUGGUGGAGUGUCCGAUCGCGGAAUCUGGAUGUGUUAGGUUCUAUUCCUGGUGAGGACUCAAAAUUGUUCCUUUGUCUCACGCUCGUGACAGGACAGUCAAAAUUCUUCUCUUUCCUUUUCUUCUACCAACUUGUUAUUAUUGUUCAAGAAACAGUACUCCGCAAAAUUUUACGAAAUUAAAAUUCAUGAAGUUUUUUGUUGUUACUUUGGCCGCUUCGUUUCCCAACAUUAUUGAUCCAUGAUGAAAUCAAUGCUAGAAAUUUAAUCUUCCCUGCAAUUUAAGAAGAGCUACCGAGAAAGGUAAAACUUAAUGAACUGAGUGUGGGUUUGUUUUUGCAGGGGGGAAGGGAGAGAGCGCGGCGGCAGGGGUUAAUUAUCUUAAUGCUUUCAUGCCAAGGAAACUGAACUUGACUUUGUGUGGUUUUACAAAUUUGGCAUCGUGUGCAUAUUUAUUCUUUCAAUAAAAGUUAAUACCUGUUUUUUUUUCUAAAAUAUUUCUUGAAACCGUUGAAUGUUUGAUAGCAUUUUUCCCUCUGGGAAGAAGACCACCGACCCCCCGAUAAUACACCUAAAAACUCCUGCCUUAACCCCCCUUCCCUCCCCCCCAGCCCAACCCCCAUUUUAUUAACCACACCCAACCCACAUUUCCUGAUCGGUCCAACGAAGGUCUAACACUCGAAGCAUCAGCUUCAGAAUCUCUCUACAGAGGCCAAUUUACAUUAUCAACUCAGUUAAUGAAACCAAAUUAUCAUUGCUAACUGAACAUUUGAUUCACAUUUCUUAAUACUAGUAAGAGUAAUCCUAUAAUAAACUCCUGUUAGAAAUGGAUGCUAACCCUUAUGAACUUGCAAGUUAUGUUGGAGCAAAUUUGUUGUUUUAUACAUGAAACCUUGUUUGUUAAAGUGCCAUGAGUUGUCUCUGUAGCACAUGAUCCCUUCGCUGAGUGCGCUAUCAUCAAAGGAAACUGCUGAGAAAAUGAUGAACGUUGUAUAUCUCAAAGUUAUUGAAUGAACCUGGUCAAUACUUUAUGUUUCGUUGGGGCAAAUUCGAGUUGGGAAGAGGUUUAGUCUCCAUGCAGACUAAUGGAAGACCCAAAGAGAAAUGUUCCCUUUAAUGUAGGGAAGAGAACAUUUAUCAAGCUGUUUGUUUUUGCUUUCAUUUCGGCCAUCUUUGCCUAAAUUCUCAGACACCAUGCUUUUGGCCACUGUAUCUUUUAUGUACGUUGUUGACAGUGCCUCGAAACUGGAAAAGUGUCGCUUUAUUUGUGGGUAACCAAAUCAAAGCGAAGGAAGAUCAUUUGAUGCGUAUAUAUUUUGAUGUAGUUUUCUGGUAGCGCAAAAUUUACUCACUACACAACUGCCAACUGUAAGCGUAAGGUUACAGACAUAUUUCCGUUCGCGUAUGUGGACGUGCAUUUUUUGUGUAACAUGAUGCACAGUAGUGAUGCAUAAUGCAAUGGCACAAAUUGGCCUUGAAACAAAUUCAUUAGGAGACGUUUCAUUAGGAAAGGAAAAAAGCUCCAUUGCUACAAUGAAUCUGUUGGCUCAGAUAAUAUGUUCUGAUCUAAUUAUUUUUUUUUACAUUUGUUAUCAUGCAGGUGGUUCUCCUAAACAUUUUCAUCGGUCAAAGGUGAAACGUCGUGAUGAAGAGUCGUCCCCGGGGGAUGCCUUAACUCGGAAGGAAAGAAAAACUCGUUUAGCAGGUAAAAUGAGGACAUAUCUAUGGGCGUGCCCGUUAACCCCCAGCCCCCAACCCCAUCUUCCUUUUCCCUGCUUUUUAAAAUAAAAAUGCGUGGAUCCAGAAAAAUGGUAUGAAUAGAUAUGCGGUACGUACUGCCCGCUAUCCCCUCAUCUUGAUAUUUUGCUGUGUUGUCUUAAUGUUUUCAGUUAUGCAAGGAGUUCCUAGCGACGAGGAUUUAGAGUGGCUUUCGCAGGAACUCGAAGAAUGGAAGACAGUUGGGCGUCGUCUAAAAAUUAAGGAAGCAAAAUUUACGGCGUUUGAUAAUGAAAAAAGGGAAUGCUCUGAAAAAAUCUACAAAAUGUUACUACAUUGGAAAAGAAGGAAUGGCUCGACUGCAACAUACAGGGUCCUACAGAAUGCACUGUGUCAUCCACUGGUUAAUCGCACAGAUUUAGCUGAGCAACUUAUCACUGGUAAUAUAUCGCUUAUCUUGCAAUUCAAUAAAAAUGCAAUUAGAUACAUGUAUAGUGCCUAAAUUCUCAGACACCAUGCUUUUUGGCCACUGUAUCUUCUGUGUUUGUUUAGAAUAUCGUUAACAGCUGAUGAGAACAUGAAGACCAACAGUGGAAUUAAAUAAUAUCAGAAAACUGAAAAACAUACGCAUUCUUUGUUUUUCAAUCGCAUAUCUGUGAAAAAUAACUUUCAAAAAGUGUGAGAUAUGAACAAAUUCACUUUGGUAGCUUUAAUUCCAAUUUUGAAGUCAUGAAUAACGUUCUAAAAUUCCAGAUUAGAGAGGGUUAAUAAGAAAUUACUCACUUCUGCAUCUUUAUUGUAUUUAAUAAGUCUUAAAUCUAUUUUCUUUGUCCCAGAUUGUAGGUAUUACAAAUCGCUGAUUAAACACGUUUAUCGACUACCCCCUCCCCCUGCCCUCCUAAUUAUUGUUUUCGUGUCCAGACUCUUGUGCGCAAUAAGAUGAACCCAAAUUUUCUUUGUUUACCUUUCUACGAAAUACCUCACUAUUGCUGACAGGGUUAAAACUUUGUUGAGAUCUAAAUUUUAGCUUUUAUUCCCUCCCAAUGAAUUUCAAUUCUCCAAAUCCAUCAUUUUCUCUUCUCUCUUUUGUUCCGGGAUCAGGCUCACACAAGAUUUUCGUCUUCAAUCAGCUCUUAUUUCGACUCCUGCUUGUUACCUAUUUCACAUAUUUAGUAAAGUGUGUUCUCAUUACAAUUUGACUUUAUACUUAUAGUGGUAGAGUGUUCGAGUGCAGAAUCCGAAGGUGUUAUGUUCUAUUCCUGGGGAGGACUCAAAAUUUUUCCUUUUUUUUUUUCACGCUCGUGAGAAGACAGUAACACUUCUUUCCUUUCCCUUUUCUUUUACCAAUUUGUCAUUCUUGUUCAAGAAACAGUACUGCGCAAAAAUUUAAGAAAUAAAAAUUCAUGAACUUUUUUUAUGUUAUUUUGGCCGCUUCAUUUCCUAAUAUUGUUGAUCCAUGGUGAAAUAAAUGCUGGAAAUUUAAUCCUCCCUGCGAUUUAAGAUGAGUUACAGGCAAAGGGAAAAAUUAAAGAACAGAGUGUGAGUGUUUUUUUCCAUUAUCUUAAUCGUUUCAUGCCAAGAAGACUAUACUUGAGUUCGUGCGAUGUUAAAAACUUGGCAUCGUGUGCAUAUUCAUCUCUUCAGUAUCAUAUUCGUCAGUGUAUUUUAAUUCUCAUAAAAGUAUAAAUUUCUUUUCUCUUUUCAGACAUUUCAACAGAAGAGGAGAGUUGUAAAAGUGAUGAUCCUUCAGGAAAUAAACAUAGAAGGCUUGCAGGUAUUGUAAUUAUCAAGCGAAGAAAUUUCACAUUAAGCUUACGUUUUAAUAACUCAUAUUAUACUUAUAGUAAUGGAGUGUCUGAGCGCGGACUCCAAAGGUCGGAGGUUCUAUUCCUGGGGAGGACUCGAUAUUUUUUUGUCCAACGCUCGUGGCAAGACGAUAAAACAUAUUUCCUUAUUCUUUUAUCAUAACAAUUUAUUAUUCUUGUCCUGGUUUCCUUCAGCUGCUUCAAUGCCAAAAAUUAAUGAUCGAUCAUAAAAUGAAAAUAACAUAUUGUUUUGGAGACCAACGGUGGAAUUGGAUAUAUAUCAGAAAACUGAAAAACAUACAAAUUCUUUAUUUUUCAACAUUGCUGUGAAAAAAAUUGAGAUAUGCACAAAUUUACUUUAGUAGUUCUAAUUCUAACUCGCAGUCAAGGAUAACGUUCUAAAAUUCCAGAGCAGAGGAGGUCAAUAAGAGUUAUUCACUUUCUGCAUCUUCAUUGUUAUUGUUUCGUCUUUGAUCGUAGGUAUUACAAAUCGUUGAUUAAACACACUUAUCAACUUCCCUCCUUCCCCCGCCCUCCUAAUUAUUAUUUUCGUGUUCAGACUCUUGCACAGUAAGAUGAACCCAAAUUUUAUUUGUUUACCUUUCUACGAAAUGCCUCACUGUUACUGUCCAGUUUUAAACAUUUAUGAGAUCUAAAUCUUACCUUUUAUUCCCUCCCAAUUAGUUUUAAUUCUUCAAGUCAGAUAAUUUUUCUUCUCUCUUUUAUUCUGUGAACGGGCUCACAUGAGAUUUUCAUCUUCAAUCAGCACUUAUUUUGACUCCUGCUUGUUACCCAUUUCACAAGUUCAGUGAAGUGUAGUUUAAUUCUCAUAAUUUGAAUUUCCUUUCCCUUUUGCAGAAAUUUCAACAGGAGAGGAGAGUUGUAAAAGUGAUGAUCCUUCAGAAAAUAAACGUAGAAGGCUAGCAGGUAUUAUAAUUAUCAAGUGAAGAAAUUUCAUAUUAAGCUUACGUUUUUAUAACUGAUAUUAUAUUUAUAGUGAUAGAGUGUCCGAUCGCAGACUCUGAAGGUGUUAGGUUCUAUUCCAGGUGUUGACUAAAAAUUUUUUUUUUUUGCCUGACGCUCGUGGCAAGAGGAAAUUCAUGAAUUUUUUUGUUGUUACUUUGGCCGCUUCAUUUCCCAACAUUGUUGAUCCAUAAUAACAUAAAUGCUGGAAAUUUAAUCUUCCCUCCAAUUUCAAACGAGCUACCGACAAAGGGAAAAAUAAAGGAGGGGAAGGGGGAAGGGGACGGGGGAAGGGGCGGGGUAGAAGUGGGUAGGGGGAAGAGGGGAGGGGGAAAAGGGGGUGGCAGCAGGGGUUAAUUAUCUUAAUCCUUUCAUGCCAAGAAAGCUGUACUUUAGUUCGUGUGGUGUUAGAAACUUGGCAUCGUGUGUAUAGUUAUUCCUUCAAUAAAAGUAAAUUCUUCUUUUCUUUAAUAUUUCUUAGAACCGUUGAAUGUUGAGAAGUGUAAAGAGCAGCUUAAUUCUUAUUACAACACCUUCAGCAAGGUGAAAAUCGUUCCAUGGGACGACAGCUCUUCCAUUCAGAUUGAUAAGAUCUACACACCUUUGUCUUGGGUCAGAGAUCACAGGAAGCCCAGCGGAGUGACACAAGAGAAACUUGAAGACUACACCGACAUGUUCAAGGGAAAACCAACACGAAUACUUGUUUAUGGUCGGCCAGGAAUUGGCAAGAGUACGUUUUGCAAAAAGGCGGCAUAUGACUGGUCGAAAGCCUUAAAGGAAGUCCUAAUGAACUUUUAUGUUUUGAUUCUGAUUAAGUUGCGAGAUGUGUGUGACGUUGGAAACAUCCGCGAUGUUUUGCGUAAGUCUAAAUUGCUGGCCAGUGAUGGUACGAUCUCAGUUGAUAGUCUCUAUGAUUACAUUAUCAACAAUCAAGAUAAAGUGCUUCUUAUUUUGGAUGGCUACGAUGAGUACAGCUUUGCAAAAGAACACUCACCCAUCCUUGAAAUUUGGAAGGGUGAGCAACUAAGAGAUUGUCACGUUAUUGUCACCACCCGAGAACUUAAAUGUGACGGGUUAAGAGGCCCCAGCCACGUUCAGUUGGAAAUUCACGGUUUCAAAAGCCGGGAACAAAAAAGAACGUUUGUGAGAGAAUUUUUGGCAGGUGAAGAUGAUCUUGACGAGUUUAUGUGCUACCUGGAAGAAAAAGGUCUCCGUGACAUGGCAGAAAUACCUCUCCUUCUAUCGAUGCUGUGCCUUUUGUGGAAAGAGAAACAUCGCGAAGGACUGCUAAAAUCACGGGCCGACAUAUUCACACAAUUCAUUCAAACCAUGUUACAUCACAAAGGCGAAAGUCAACAAUCUAUACCAUUUCAGGAAGUGACCUCUACAGAAGCCAGAGAAGAUCUUAGUAAUCUUGGAAAGGUUGCCUUUGAAGCACUGCUGCAAGACCGUCUUUACGUACGCUGCAGCGAACUCUCCGGCAAUAUUUCUAGAAGUUUUCAAAAAUUAAUUGAAGUCGGGCUUUUCCAGAUUGUCAAUGUUACGAGUCUCAAUCCUGAGAAAGGGGCCUAUUUCAUUCAUAAAUCCCUACAGGAGUUCCUUGCAGCCUGGCACAUUAAGGAGGAAGUGUUGUCGAUUAAAGGAGAAAGUACGCCUAGCCUUUCCAAAGUUGAAUCAUUUGAAAAGAUCGUGAAGAUGAAUGAAGUUCUCAAAUUUGCUUGUGAACUGUCAACAGAAGCCGCUUGCUUAGUUUUCCAUCAUGUAGGGUGUGUUGGAGGAGAGGAAUCUUGGUCGGAAUGUGAUUUAUUAAGUGAGAAUGAAGUACUUUAUCUAAAGCUUAUCUCGCAUAGCUACUUUUGUUGUUCGGCCGAGAAGAGGCGAGAUCUUUGCUCAGUCUUGUCCUCUUACACUGGAGGUGCUAUGUGUCUUGAUUAUAACCAGCUGAACAUUACUGCAAAUGAACAUUUGCUGAAAUCUAGCAUGAUAUCCGACAACAUCAUUUUUAUUACCGACGAAGAUUCUUCAGAGAAAAGCUAUCGAGACUUGAUCACUGUAGCGGAGGACACAGAUGCUGUUUUUUUGAGCUGUUCGGGCGAAAAGAAAGCCGCAGAUUUGCUGAAGGAGUUCCCGCAUCGUCCUGUGGAAGAGUUCGUUUUGAAGAGAGGGAGAAAAACCGUCGUUUAUAUUAACGAGAUACAAAAAAAAGAUGGUGUCACUUUUCCGACUGAAAUGCUGCGAGAGCUCAUUUCGCCAACAGCAGAGUCUACUCAGAUGAAGCGUGUUGGUGAUCCGUUGAAUGAAAACGACAGCGAAACAGCUUCGUGUUUGACUGAGAACACUGAUAGCAUCACUGGUCCGACUCGUCAGAGCCUUUCCAGUAUGAGUACUAUUGUUAUUUACCACAUAGAAAGGCAAGAGAUGAAGAUGCUGGCUGAUUUGUUACCACUUUUCACAGAUCUGCAAGUUAUAAUUAUUCAAGGGAAAACAUUUGAAAUCAUUGAUCCUCAGUUAACAGAGACCCUGGUGUCUCGUAUCAUCUUCACUGACGGACUUAAAGCAUUAGCACUUGAUGAUAUCAAUUUAACAGCCAAACAUGCCGCAGCCAUCGCCAGAUCUCUGCACCAGGCUCCUAGCCUGAUCUAUCUCGAAUUGUCAAGGAACCCUCUUGGUGAAGGAGUAAGUGUUCUCACUCGACAUCUCAGCUGUGUUCCUCACCUGGAGGGUCUGAGCCUUGUUAGAGUUAAAAUGACAAAGCAACAAGUGAAUGAUUUGACUGCAGCUGUACGUCAAAGUAAAAUCAAGUUACGCACAGAAUACCACGUAAGUUUUGUGAUCUUAGUUUGCAUAUGUAGUUAUUAUUCAUGUCUAUUGUGUUCAAUUUACUGUGGUGUUGUGUUAAGAAUUUUUACGCCCUUGGUUCGCUGAGCAAGUGCGAUAUACCCUUUGCUUUUAUAGAACAAGCGGAAAGUUUAUCUCAUGAAAAGUCACCACCAGUCAGUUCAAAUCAAUUUUAUAAAUGUUAUUUGUAAUUAUGUUGAAUUCUUUCAUGCGACAUGUGUAAAUACCACGGUGUGCAGUUAUAUUUUUAUUUCGCUGUUUACAUCGCUGUCGCUUUGUUGUUUGCAUUUACUUUUUGGUGUGUUUCUGGAAGAACUGGCGGAAGUCUGGACCACCUUGCAUUUCUCGGCGUUUAAGAUCACUUUGUCAGUUCGCCCACUAAAAAAUAAGAACACAGAACUGAAAAGACUGUUUACGAUGAAAAUAAGACAUUUUUCAGUUUGCUUCUUUUACGGUAUGUCAGUCGGUAAAGGGCUAUCCUGUAUUGUGGAAAGUUGAGCGAGAAUUGAGAUACCAAACGGCGUGCAGAAAAUUUCUUCCUACUCGAAUUUUAAUCACGGUGCAACUUUCAGUAUUAGUAAUAACUACCUUACAUUACCUAGCGUCUUCUUUUAAAUUUUGAAAGGAUGCCAAAAUAGGAGAGGAAAUAUAAAGCUAAGCAAAUAUUGUGGCUGUUUAAUUUUUAAUAAUAACGAUUUUCAUUAAAGGGUUUUACAUUCCGAAUUGCUGAAAAGGCUUACAUGCAUUAGAACAUUACACAGUUACUCUUUGUCGCUACCAUUUAAUUUGUUAAACUUGGAAGCAAAGCAAGUCAUUUUUUUCAGUUACGAUGAGAGCCCAUUUAAGUAUGUUUGUUUACGAUUGAGGAAGGGUGAAGUCUGAAGUGUGCAGUCUGUUUUGAGUGUAUUAAACAAUAUUAUUUUGUGUGUCUACAGUGGAAACACAGAAACUGGGUAUACUACAUUCCUAAUUUCAUUCCAUUAACCUCGAUAAAUCUAUUCCUUUUAUAAUUAGGACCAGAGAAAAUAUGGAAUGUUUCUCAAUAUAAAAGUUGUUUUUAAUUGACUCAGUCAAAAAUACUCUUGGUGUAAUUUCUCUUCGUAUGAAAAGUAUCGAGGGUAAACAAGUUUGAGUUCUUGUGUAUGUUGUUUGACAGGAUAAUUUUGAGUGUUGGUGUGUGAUUUAUGACAGGAUGAUGAAAGGAAUGUCAAACCUGAAGAAGAAUGGCCAACAGAUGAAUACUGGAGAGAG